AUGGCAAAUCCUUUCCGGCAGCUCCCCGGAUUAGCCUGCGAGGAAUGUCGACGACGCAAAGCGCGGGCCCAACGAGGGCCCAAAAAGGGUCAGAUCAGGGCCCUCCGCAACAGAGUUCAUACUCUUGAGCGCCUUGUUUCCGAGCAGAAACAUCCAGAGCAAUCAUUUGCAACAGCAACUGACGCAGCGGUAACAGUCGAGCAAAUGGAGCCUUCCCCAGAGAUCACAAGCACAGAGAUUCCGCCUAUCUGGGACUUGGAUGCAAUCCUUCCGCCCAUUUUCGAGCCCUUUCUGACGGAACUGAGGGACCAACAUCUGCCUCAUAUUAGCUCGACAACGGAAGGCAGCUCCUAUGGCAGCCAAGCUAACUAUGAUGAUCAAAUUUCGGUUCUUGUGCGCGAUGAUCUAGUAUCGGUAUACUUCGAGCGUGUGCAUCCAAACAUACCAAUCAUUCAUAAACAGCGAUAUUUUGACAUGAUAGAGCAGCAAAGCCUAUCGAAGAGCCAAAACUGUCUCCAACUGGCCGUCCAGGCCGCUGCGGCAGCAUCAACGGCGCAGCUGCUGGAAUUGAGUGCCACUCUGUACGAAAAAGCAUGCGCGGCCCUCGAAACAGUUGAGAUUAAUGGAUCACUUGGCCAAAUGAACGAUAUUCUGAUUGAGCUGGAGUAUGUCCAGGCAUUGCUUCUGAUAGCAUACUAUGAAGCUCUGCGCCUGCCGCAAUAUAAAUGUAUACUUACGUCUGGGCGGGCAUUUCGCUUAACUCAGCUUUUGCGGCUGCACGAGAUCGACAAGGCAGCCCCUCUCGAGCCGGUUCUGGGCGAUGUGUUCGUUCGAGAAGAGGAGCGAAGGCGCACAUUCUGGAUGGCGUACUGUUUUGAUCGGCUUUUGAGCAUUCGACAUGAAUUACCUCUUACUCUACACGAGGAAGCACUCCCGAAUCCAGUUUCCAGGACAGCAGACCGCAACCCAGUUGACUUUUGCACCGAGCACCAGGAGAUUAGAGAGUGCCUGCAGCACAGAAUGCAGACUAUGUCGAAGCACAUCCCCGUAUCAGCCGCGGUUGUAGACUCCACCUUGAGCUUCGCGCAUAUUCUGGCUUGCAAUUUGAUGAUCGACUUGAAUGAAGUGGCUGAAGGCAUGGCUUUGGGAAUGGACGAGCAUCAGAAAUCAGUCACAAUCUGUCUUCCACGGGCACUUGAUGCCUGUAAAGAGAUUGUGCGUUUGGCCAAGAGCUCUGCUCGACUUGCCAAGUUCAAGGCACACGUAUUCUUACCCGCAUUACUUUCACGCACUAUGGGCUUCCUUAGCAGCCAUAAUCCGCAUGCACAAUCCAACGAGAUAGAUGAGUUGAUUUCCGUUCUCCAGGUUCUAAGGUGCAUGAAUCGGCAGGCAGAAGAGCUGGUCUAUGAGUGGGGCGACGUAACCACGCAGUUAUAA